AAGCAACAUAAAAGUCGGCACUUCUGCCUCACCCUCUAGCUAUUGGUUUCUUCCGGGUAUAACCUGCAUUUUCUCAAUUGUCCCAAAUUUCGAUAACAAACAGAGAAAGUUUGUCCGCCGGAGACGUGGACUAUGGGAGGUUGUCUUUCGCGCCGAAAGGCGGACGUGUUGGCUGAAGAUCACCUCUCUUCUCGUGAGCCAAAACCAGAGCCACCUCGCUUCUCGGCAUGCAGCAUACUUUUUAACGCCGGCAUUCCUGCUUUGAUCUGGUUAGAAGACGCCCUCGCCUAUUAUGGAGUACCUACCAUGGUCUUCGAACUCUUCCUGCUCGUCCCGGAUGUGGAUGCAGCGGCUCGGGUCUUGAAAAGCUCAGGCUAUCAGAAAAGAGAACCGAGCCUUGCUCUCCGGCCCAUUUGCCAGUUCGACAAUCUCUACGCCGCAGUCCGGACCGAGAACCAACAUCCGCCAACCACCGAUGCGGAGGCGACAUCACAAUCUCCGGAGGUUAAGCCGACUCGUGUCAUCCUCCUCCCAGCUAAGGAAUGGUUCCACGAGCUUCCCUCUGCGCCCGAGGACAUGGAAGAUUGGUUGCCAACACUACCCCAGCUUCUCGCUGCCUUGAUAGCGAAAUGGCUAAGUCUGGAGGAAGGAGAGCGGGAUCUACGAUUGCGCAUUGCAGUGUUGCUCGGGUAUAUCUACGCGGGCCUUGACAAUGUCAAGCUUCCUGGGUUUGAGCAGCAACUUCCGCAACAGCUUCGGGCCUUCCACAUGGAUCGGGUGCAAGGAAGGAUCAACCUCGCAGAUUUGGGAACAUUUCGCUGCCAGCAGCAUUAUUUGCAUCCUAGAAAUGAGCAACCAUAG